GCGGGACGAGCGGCGCGGCGAGAAAGGUGUCUGAGCUGUGGACUCGAGUUCUCUGCUUGGAUGUCCUCUACACCGUCUCCUGCGGUCCCAAACCAUCCCUCAUCACCGUCUCAUUCAGCUUGCUCAUCGUGGAGGACGACGGCCAGCUCCCAACUGUCCUCAGGUCCCUAGACUUGAGAAACGAUGAGACGAUGGAACCCGUUUGCUGGUACCCAAUCUCCGACCACCACUCCCGUCCCUCUCACUGUCGAUUCUCCUCCCGUUGUCACUCCCCCGGAUGCGAAGUAUUUUGGGCUCGAGAACUUUGGCAAUACUUGUCGGCCGUCGAUCAUAGAUUCUCGAUAGUCCUUUGGUUGCUGUUUGUCUGGGUCUAACGCAUGCGAGGUGGGAUAUAGAGACUAUCCUCCCUUGUUCCUACAUUUCUCUCGUCCUAUACCACGCCCUCCCCUUGCGCUUUGCUAACUCUUGGUCUCGCAGCUAUGCCAAUUCUGUCCUACAAGCCCUCUAUUUCUGUGGUCCUUUCCGCGACUUCGUCCUCCAAUACCCCGACCUUUCCGUUCCCGACCUCCCCCCUCCAGUUCCCACCCCAGUAUCGCCUCCACCUCCGCCGCCCACCUUUCAACGACCCAGGACUGCUCGCAAGGCUUCCAUCUCCGACAGCCCACAUCCCGGUCUCUCAAGUCAGGCCGCAACCACCGGCCCAAACGCAAACGCAGGCACAAGUGUACAGACUCCCAUACCCAUACCCUCUUCCCCUCCCACACUACUCUCCGCCCUUCGAUCACUCUACCUUCACAUCAGCCGAAACCCUGCAGACAAGGGUACUGUCGCUCCCCGAGCGUUCAUCGACAAACUCAAAGAGCUGAACGAUUUCUUUCGGCCAGCUCAGCACCAGGAUGCUCACGAAUUCCUCAACUUCAUGCUCAACAAGAUUGUAGAAGAGAUGGACGAGGAUCGCCGAAACGGUGUCGUAGUUGCCUCGAGUGGGUUUACCACGGCUUCGAAUCCAUCGAAAGAAGACCUGUCCCAGUCGAUAUCAACCCUAAAUUCCUCGGUCACAGCACCGCCCGCGAGUACAGUUUCUGCCUCGACCUCUCACCCAACCUUGUCAUCUACCUUUGUUCAUCGUCUCUUCGAAGGCGUGUUGACGAGUGAGACUCGAUGUUUGACGUGUGAAACUGUGUCGUCAAGAGACGAAUCAUUUUUGGACCUCUCCAUUGAUAUUGAACAGAACUCGAGUGUCACAGCUUGCUUGAGGCAGUUUUCGGCGAGUGAAAUGCUUUGUCAGAAGAACAAAUUCUUUUGCGACUCGUGCUGUGACCUCCAGGAGGCUGAAAAGAGGAUGAAGAUCAAGAAACUGCCCAACGUUCUUGCACUCCACCUCAAACGGUUCAAGUAUCAGGAAGAUACAGGUCGAUACAUCAAGCUGGCCUAUCGAGUCGCGUUUCCCUUCCAGUUGCGACUGUUCAACACUGUCGAUGACGCUGACAACCCUGACCGACUGUAUGAGCUCUUUGCUAUCGUCAUACACAUUGGAACAGGUCCUCACCACGGACACUACGUCAGCAUCAUUAAGGCACGCGGGACUUGGUAUCUUUUUGACGAUGAAAACGUCGACGCUAUCAAAGAGUGCGACAUCGUAAAGUACUACGGCGACAAUAACGGUUCUGCCUACGUCCUAUACUAUCAGGCAGCCGAUCUAGACGUUACUGCGCUUGGACUGAGACCACCGCCGGGAGCUGCGCCGCAGUCGACUAACCCGCCCCGAGAUACACCUUCGGCCGCACAGAGUAUUGCCGUAUCCGUCGGUACAAGUCUUGAGGAGGCGAACCUUCCAGCGUUGCCUCCUGGGUUGGUGCAGCCAAAGUAUUCGGAUGAGAAGGAACCUGCACCAGCUACUCCUGUAACCCCAACGUCACCGCUCGCUUCACCCCGUACCCAGUCUCCCAAUUUGUCUGUCACUAUUCCCCCUAACUCGACAGAGUCAAAUCCUUCAACGCCCACCGCACCCGCUACUCCCGGUACCCUCAAUACACUGUUUAAUACCCUCAGACACUCGCCCUCAGGGAAGAUACGAAGACAUGUACUCGACACGAAAUCAGAACCUCCACCGCCAUUGCCUACUCCUUCCACCUCGACAUCGACUUCUUCGAUAAAUCCCGGGGCCACUGCCUCCUCAUCCGUCACAGAUACUUCCUCUUCCUCUUCCCCUCCCCCUCCACCUUUGAAACUUCCGAAUGGGAAGGAAAAGGAACGGGAGCCUGAGCGUAAGCCCAGCGGGUGGUUUUCCAGGCGGAGGAGUGUUAGGGAUGAAAAAGUCAAGGGUGCCCCGAGUAGUUUCCCGAGUCUAGGGAAAGACAAGGACGAUGGUUCCAGUACUCCAAAUUGGCUGAAGCAUGCUGGACGACUAGGCCGCCGCGCCUCUGAAGUUGGUUUCCACGACUCGAAUACGCCUUCCUCACCACGAGCACUAUCUCCUCCGUCCACAGCGCCGUUACCAAGCGUUCCUUUCAAUUCUUCACCCCUUCAUUCACUGCCAGACCACAAGAAGUCUACCCCGGAGUUGUCCAACGGGAGACGAAGACUCCCUCAACGACCAUCUACUGCCGGAGCUUCUAUUGGCUCCAGACCUCGCUCUGCAGCCGCACCUCCGUUACCGCCGCUGCCGAACUCGCCAACAUCAUCUAAUGGGCAACAGAGAUCCUCACCCAUACCAAACGAUAUCCCAUCAUCACCUCGGGAUCGUAGACCGAACGGAACCAUCCAUUCGUUCGAAGUACGACGCCUUGCUCGACCUCAAAGCUCCUCCUCUGCGAUGAUCCCCGGGCUUGGUUUUAGUUCAACCUCGAAUGGGACGUCGAGUACGCUCAAUACGUCAUCUCAUAGUGGCGAUGGAAGCAGCACAAGUACCGGUGAUCAUCCCCCCACUGUCAACACCAACCGUAAACGAUCUUCGCGGAAGCUGAGCUUCACUGCGCCGAUACUGGGUUUCGGACGAAAAGAUCGAGAUAAAACCAAGGACAAGGCUAAAGAUCUACAUGUAUCUUCGCCGCCGUCAACGUAUCCCUCUGGUGCCCAGAUACAGUGAUCUUCAUUUGCAUUGCAUCAUCCGGAGCUUGUAUACCUUAACACGUCUUUUAUCCCCACUUAGAUGGGUUCUUCACACUCUCAUUGGCGAUAUGUAACUUUUUGUCUAGUACUUUGCCAUUCGUUUCACAUUUGUCUCUUCCUUUUUACUUGCCUCAGCAAUAUUGUAUACUUCGAUCUUUCCUGUCAUCCUCGCAGAGCACUACUACAUGCACGCCCGUCCGUCCUGACCUAAGUUACAUCUUUGAGUAUUACAUUUCAUUAAUGUACGCAGUAAAUUACAAGCUAUUUGUCUCUAGUGUUCGGUCGUUCCAGUUGACAUAGGCCAUCUUCGGAUCGUCUGAGAACAACUGAGUGCCGCCGUAAUAGUAAGGUACCGAAUUUGGAUCUCGGUCUCGUAAAAUC